AUGGACGAGAAAGCAUCAUGCAAGGAACUAGAUCAGUGGAUUGAGCAGUUAAACGAUUGCAAGCAACUUACAGAAAACCAAGUCAAAACUUUAUGCGAUAAGGCCAAGGAAAUCCUUUCCAAAGAAAGCAACGUACAGGAAGUAAAAUGCCCCGUGACCGUUUGCGGGGACGUGCACGGCCAGUUCCACGACCUGAUGGAGCUGUUCAGAAUAGGCGGACGCAGCCCCGACACAAACUACCUUUUCAUGGGUGAUUACGUUGACCGUGGUUACUAUUCCGUGGAAACGGUCACAUUACUGGUCGCCCUGAAGGUGCGGUACAAAGAGAGAAUCACGAUUCUCAGAGGCAACCACGAAUCCAGACAGAUCACACAGGUUUACGGUUUUUACGAUGAAUGUCUGAGGAAGUACGGUAACGCGAAUGUCUGGAAGUUUUUCACGGAUUUGUUCGAUUAUUUGCCAUUAACUGCCCUCGUCGAUAGUCAGAUUUUCUGUUUACAUGGAGGCCUGAGCCCCAGUAUCGAUACUUUAGAUCACAUUAGAGCUUUGGAUCGUCUACAAGAAGUUCCUCACGAGGGUCCGAUGUGCGACUUGCUGUGGUCCGAUCCGGACGACCGCGGCGGCUGGGGCAUAUCGCCCCGCGGCGCCGGCUACACCUUCGGCCAGGACAUCUCCGAGACGUUCAACCACUCGAACGGCCUGACCCUGGUGUCUCGCGCCCAUCAGCUCGUGAUGGACGGAUACAAUUGGUGCCACGACCGGAACGUCGUCACCAUCUUCAGCGCGCCAAACUACUGCUACCGGUGCGGCAACCAGGCCGCCAUCAUGGAACUCGAUGACGCCCUCAAGUAUUCUUUCCUUCAGUUCGACCCUGCGCCAAGACGCGGCGAGCCCCACGUCACCCGCCGGACUCCGGACUACUUCUUGUAA